AUGCCUGGGUCACUUCCUUUGAAUGCAGAAGCCUGCUGGCCCAAAGAUGUGGGAAUUGUUGCCCUUGAGAUCUAUUUUCCUUCCCAAUAUGUUGAUCAAGCAGAGUUGGAAAAAUAUGAUGGUGUAGAUGCUGGAAAGUAUACUAUUGGCUUGGGCCAGGCCAAGAUGGGCUUCUGCACAGAUAGAGAAGAUAUCAACUCUCUGUGCAUGACUGUGGUUCAGAAUCUUAUGGAGAGAAAUAGCCUUUCUUAUGACUGCAUUGGGAGGCUAGAAGUUGGAACGGAGACAAUCAUCGACAAAUCAAAGUCAGUGAAGACGAAUUUGAUGCAGCUCUUUGAGGAGUCUGGGAAUACGGAUAUAGAAGGAAUAGACACAACUAAUGCGUGCUAUGGAGGCACAGCCGCUGUCUUCAAUGCUGUUAAUUGGAUUGAGUCCAGCUCUUGGGAUGGACGGUAUGCCCUGGUAGUUGCAGGGGAUAUUGCUGUAUAUGCCACAGGAAAUGCCAGACCUACAGGUGGAGUUGGAGCCGUUGCUAUGCUAAUUGGGCCUAAUGCACCUUUAAUUUUUGAACGAGGACUUCGUGGGACACAUAUGCAACAUGCCUAUGACUUUUACAAGCCUGAUAUGCUUUCUGAAUAUCCUAUAGUAGAUGGAAAACUGUCCAUACAGUGCUACCUCAGUGCAUUAGACCACUGCUAUUCUGUCUACCGCAAGAAGAUCCAUGCCCGGUGGCAGAAAGAGGGGAAUGACAGAGGUUUCACCUUGAAUGAUUUUGGUUUCAUGAUCUUCCACUCACCCUAUUGUAAGCUGGUUCAGAAAUCUCUAGCUCGGAUGUUGCUGAACGACUUCCUGAAUGACCAGAACAGAGAUAAAAAUAGUAUCUACAGUGGCCUAGAGGCCUUUGGGGAUGUUAAGUUAGAAGAUACCUACUUUGACAGAGAUGUGGAAAAGGCAUUUAUGAAAGCUAGUUCAGAACUCUUCAAUCAGAAGACAAAGGCAUCUUUGCUUGUGUCGAAUCAAAAUGGAAAUAUGUACACAUCUUCAGUGUACGGCUCCCUGGCUUCUGUUCUUGCUCAGUACUCACCUCAGCAGCUGGCAGGAAAGAGGAUUGGCGUGUUUUCUUACGGCUCUGGUUUGGCUGCCACUCUUUACUCCCUCAGAGUCACACAAGAUGCCACACCAGGGUCCGCUCUUGAUAAAAUAGUAGCAAGCAUAUGUGAUCUUAAGUCAAGGCUUGACUCAAGAACUUGUGUGGCACCAGAUAUUUUUGCUGAAAACAUGAAGCUCCGAGAGGACACUCAUCAUUUGGCCAAUUAUAUUCCCCAGAGUUCCAUAGAGUCCCUCUUUGAAGGAACAUGGUACCUGGUUCGAGUAGACGAAAAACACAGGAGAACUUACGCUCGGCGCCCCUCGCUGAACGACGACACUUUGGAGGAGGGAGUAGGUCUUGUGCACUCGAGCAGUACAGCCGAGCAUAUUCCAAGCCCUGCUAAGAAAGUGCCAAGACUCCCUGCAACAGCAGCAGAACCUGAAGCAGCUGUCAUCAGUAAUGGGGAGCAUUAA